CUUUGCCGUUGUUCCGCUGCUUGGCAGCACUGUCGCGUGUGUGACUCGGCGGAACCGAUACGGGGACCUUGUAAACGGAGUCCUCGCUCGGGCAGUCGUGGCCUUCUUCCAAACACACCUCCCCAGCGGGCUGUCAACGCUGAGACGAUGCAAGCGCGCACGAUGGCCCCCUUAGGACGACGGACUGGAUCGUCACUCUUGGCACUUUGCGUCCUUUGGCAGAGCGCAAACAGAGUUGCAUGCAGCGACGGUCGGAGCAACAACGAAUUCUGGCGCCUACGAAACGACCUGCUGGGAAAGGGUUACGACCCUGGCACUCGACCUGCCGCCCACGCCAACGACACGACUCAGGUGCUCAUAAGCGUCGACAUUAUCGACGGUCCUUACCUGUAUCCCGACAGAGAGCUGUUCAACGCAGACAUCGGUUUAUGCAUGGCUUGGAAGGAUCACCGACUCAAGUGGAACGCAACGGAGUACGGAGGACAGAAGUUAAUCCGCUUAAAGACGGACGACGUUUGGAGGCCAGAACUGUACAUGAUUUCGACUUGGUCCGAUGUCUACUCGAGCCUCAUCACAAGCUACAUGCUGUGGGCGAGCGAGGUCGGCAAAGUUCGAAUGUGCUCGGCGAUGUCGGUGCAAACGUUUUGCAAGGCGGAUAUGACUCACUUCCCGAUGGACCGCCACGAAUGUGUCGUAGAGUACAGCUCCAUACUGAACCCGGAGAAGGACGUCAACCUCACCAUUGAAAGAACCAGUGCCGAGGGGAAAACAGACUCGGAGUUUCAACUCGUCUCCGUCACGUCCAAAACCGAGAUCACGGAUUAUGAAGAGUACGGCCGCUACUCGUCCGUGGUCUACCACUUCGUCCUGGAGAGGCGCAACCUGGUCCAGCACUUCACGCUUCUUAUUCCCACUGUCGGCGUCGUGGUGCUAAGCCUACUGACGCUGUGGCUGCCGCCGCUCUCCGACCGACGGUUCACAGUAUCAGGAGUCGCGUUUCUGGUGUCGCUGCUGCUGCUGUACCGCGCCGACGACGCGGCAGCGGGGUCCAACCAAGUGCCAAAGAUCACCAUUGUUCUGAGCACCAACGUGUUGAUCAACGCGCUGACCAUCGUCGCCACCGUCGCCAACAUGAACCUCGUCAGGUUCCUGCCGAAGGUCCGGACGGUACCGCCAGUUGUCGGCAAGGUGGCUGGUUUGAUCGCGAUUGGUGUGCCCUUGGUAUGCCCUGGUCCGAAAGCCUCAUCUGAAAGCACUGCGGGCACCGUGGACGACAUCGCAAGCGCUGUGACCCGGGCACUCGAUCGUGUAUUCUUCGUGGCUUGUUUGAUUACAUUCACCACCAUCAUAGUAGUCUGAAAGGGACUUCGCAGAAAGUUUUGUCGACGUUGACAGCGACACAGCGUAAAUUGCCUUUGAAGACCCACAAGUUAAUGGAAAUGAAAACUCCGCGUUAAUAAUUGCGUCACUGAAGCGACUAAGGCAGCCUCGUGAAGCGGGAAAAUAAAUUUAUGCGGAAAGCAUC